AUGGCCCCUCCAACUUAUAUCAUCUCACGGGUCGCUGAUCCUAUUUUUGCUGUAGUUAUUGGGUUAGGAGCUGCUACACUCCGAAUCAACCGCGAGGAAAAGGAGAAGGGUAAGACAACGGAACAGACUAUAGAGUCCGCCAAAAGGCGUCUUGGUCUAUCUACUAAGCAGUCCAAUUAA